AGGCGCCGCCCAGGGUGGCGAUUAACCUCGGUAUCCUGUGAGUGUUUGGGAACAACCCUUUCGGUCAAACUGGGUCUAGAGACAGGUUUGACGAAAGUUCUUCCGCGACUGGUCUACCUUCCACCCGCACUGCAGCCGCCAGCCUGAGCCAUGGGACGCCGCACCUUCCUGUCCCUACUCCUGGCUCUGCUGACGCCUGGCGCCGCCAUCCCCGUACCUCCGGCGGUAAGGGCCCUCAACAACCUGCACUUGUCAACUAGCUUCACAUCGCAUCCCGCUAUAGUCAUGGAGUACUCGAUUCACUACAUCCAACAGAAGGUGGAUCAUUUUGGAUUUAAUACUGAUAAAACUUUUAAUCAGCGGUACCUAAUAGCUGAUAAACACUGGAAGAAAGAUGGUGGAUCAAUACUUUUCUACACUGGUAAUGAAGGGGACAUUAUCUGGUUUUGCAACAAUACGGGGUUCAUGUGGGAUGUGGCUGAGGAACUGAAAGCUAUGUUGGUAUUUGCUGAACAUCGAUACUAUGGAAAGUCUUUACCCUUUGGUUCUAGCUCAUUCAAAGAUUCCAGACACUUGAAUUUUCUGACAUCAGAACAAGCUCUGGCUGAUUUUGCAGAGUUAAUCACACAUUUGAGAAAGACAAUACCAGGAGCUAAAAAUCAACCCGUCAUUGCCCUUGGGGGCUCUUAUGGUGGCAUGCUUGCAGCCUGGUUCAGGAUGAAAUAUCCUCAUAUGGUGGCUGGAGCUCUUGCAGCCUCUGCCCCGAUCUGGCAGUUUGAUAAUAUAGUACCCUGUGGUGUAUUUAUGGAAAUUGUAACUACAGAUUAUAGGAAAAGUGGCCCAAAUUGCGCAGAGUGCAUCCGCAGAUCCUGGGAUGCCAUUAAUCGAAUCGCAGAGAAUGGUACUGGCUUGCCUUGGCUUUCUGAAACCCUUCACUUAUGCACCCCGUUAAAACAUACUCAGGAUAUUCAGAAUUUGAAAGACUGGAUCUCUGAAACCUGGAUAAAUCUGGCAGUGGUGGACUACCCUUAUGAGUCUAACUUUUUACAGCCUUUGCCUGCUUGGCCAGUCAAGGUAGUGUGCCAGUAUUUGAAAGAUCCCAGUGUAUCUGAUCCACAGUUGCUGCAGAAUAUUUUCCAAGCUCUGAACAUAUAUUAUAAUUAUACAGGCCAGGCGAGAUGUCUGAAUAUGUCAGAGACAUCAACUAGCAGUCUGGGAUCCCUGGGUUGGAGCUAUCAAGCCUGCACAGAAAUGGUCAUGCCCUUUUGUACAAAUGGUAUCGAUGACAUGUUUGAACCUCACUCGUGGGACUUGGAAGAAUUUUCUGAUUAUUGUUUUAGACAGUGGGGUGUGAGACCAAGGCCCUCCUGGAUCACUACACUGUAUGGAGGCAAAAACAUCAGUUCCCAUACAAACAUCAUUUUCAGCAAUGGUGACCUAGACCCCUGGUCAGGAGGUGGAGUAACCAAGGACAUCACAGACACCUUGGUUGCCAUCACUAUCCCAGAGGGGGCCCAUCAUCUAGAUCUCCGAGCCAACAAUGCCUUUGAUCCCACGACUGUGGUAUUAGCCCGCUCUAUGGAAGUUAGAUACAUGAAGCAGUGGAUCAAAGAUUUCUAUGCCAAUCUAAGAAAGAAGUACUGAGCAACUUUGGAUCAUUUUCACUUUCUUCUUUUAUAUUCAUUUCACCUACAUUCCCAUUUACUUUGGUUUUCUACAUGUAAUUACUUUGCCUUGUUUAUCAUUUGUCAUUUUUGGUGGGGCAAAGGUUGAGAUAGAAGAGAGGGUGAUGGUGGUGACAGCAGCCAUCCCGCACCCCAGGUCCUCGUCAUCUUUAUGCCACUUCCAAGAAGAAUCUCUUCAUGACUGCUUUCCUGCAUGAUCAGUGGGCCUCAUAACUGGAGCAGAGUUCCUGACUGCCUUUUGCAAAAGGGAGAGUCAGUCCCUUUGUUUCUCUGCAGGCAGAGAUUUCUCUUGGUUUUGAGAUUGAAGUCUCUUUGGCCCAUUUGUCAUUUCUCCACCCAUGCCCUCCCAAAGGAAAAACAAAGAUAGAUAAAAAUGAUGUAAUUGCAGCUGGUAGGAAGGAUGUCCGAUGCCAAUCCAGGAAAUAGGGGCCAUUUCUUUUCUACUUGAUUUAAUGAUUUUGAACCGUGCUGUAAAUAAAGAAUAAGGCUGGACCUUA